UCGUCUCUUCAACGCCCCCAUCCAAAUCUACAUCAAAGCUCGGCCAAUGCACCAAUAAACACAAAAAAAUUAACCGCUUCAUGAUUCUCACGUCUUCCCAUCCACACAGUCCCCUAUUACCUUUCUUCGGUUCCACUCUUCUACCCAUUUCCCGCAAUUUUCCCUCAUUUUCCUUCGUUUUCCCUCAAACCAAACACUAUGCUGCUGUUGUUUCUUUAAUCCAAACAACAUUUUUAUAAUAAAAUUCACCGAAAGGAAACAAACCCUUUUGCCAUUUGACAGCCAUGACAGAGGUCCUCCACUCCUCACCAUCAUCCUCUUCUUCUGCCUUAUCCUGCGCACCCUCACCAACCCACAAUGACGCGCUGUUCGAAGUGGAGGGUGAGGAGGAGGGGAAGGAGAGAGACAAGGACAGAGAUCAGCUGUCUCUGUUGGCCCUUUUGCUCACCCUUUUCCGCAAGUCUUUCUGGGUUGCUUGCAAGAACGAUAGAGAGAAGUUCUGUAGUAUGGAGAUCGGGUGGCCCACUAAUGUGCGCCAUGUUGCACAUGUUACGUUCGACAGGUUCAAUGGGUUCUUGGGUUUGCCUGUUGAGUUCGAGCCAGAAGUGCCCAGGAGGGCCCCCAGUGCAAGUGCCACUGUUUUUGGAGUUUCUACAGAAUCCAUGCAGUUGUCAUUCGACCCCAGGGGAAACAGUGUUCCAACAAUACUCCUGCUGAUGCAAGGACACUUGUAUGCUCAAGGUGGCCUGCAGGCGGAAGGGAUUUUCAGAAUCAAUGCAGAAAACAGCCAGGAGGAGUAUGUCAGGGAUCAAUUAAAUAGGGGAGUGGUUCCAGAAGGAGUUGAUGUACACUGUUUGGCAGGUCUUAUCAAGGCCUGGUUCAGAGAACUCCCAACUGGGGUAUUGGAUUCUCUAUCAUCUGAGCAGGUAAUGCAGUGCCAGUCAGAAGAUGAUUGUACUGCGCUUGUGAGGCUCUUACCCCCGGCAGAAGCUGCUCUAUUGGAUUGGGCAAUAAACCUGAUGGCUGAUGUUGCCCAACAGGAACACCUGAACAAGAUGAAUGCACGCAACAUUGCUAUGGUGUUUGCACCAAAUAUGACACAGAUGUCUGAUCCAUUGACUGCAUUGAUGUAUGCGGUCCAAGUGAUGAACUUCCUCAAGACCCUUAUUGUGAAGACACUACGGGGAAGAGAAGAUUCAGUUGUAGAACCAGCUCCUAUUUCCAGCCUAGAGCCUUCUGAUGGGAAUGGACACGAGAGUCCACCACAGCCAUGUGUGGAAGAUACUGUGCAAGAAAAAGAAGGAACGGACUUGGCCUUCGCUGCUGAAGAACCCAUUUCAGGAAGUGCUUCUGACUCUAAUGACCUUGAUGACAUGACUGAUGGAGAAGCUUAUAGUGAUUCAACUUCUAUCGAGGAACCUUGUGGAGGUUGUGUCUCCCCUAAUCCAGUUAACACUUACAAGAAUGAAACCGAAGCAGGUGUGACUAAUGGUCCAAAGAACCAAGUCCGGGAAAAAACCCAUGCGGGCAAAAUUGGCCAAUCAAGUGAUUCUAAUGUUGACAAGGGCCCUGGAAAAAUUAAUGGGCAGCAACCCUUAUUUCAGGUACUGGGACCUGUAGAGAAGAGCAAGGAAGUUAGCAAUUUGAGCCGAAUAAAUUCGAGGCCAGAGCGGAUUGAAGCCUGGCGGUGAAGGUCAACAGUGUUUGGGGCCUGACCGAUUGUGUAUAACAAGCCGACUAUGCCGCCAUCUGUUUGAUUUUGAAGUUGCAAGAUUUCUGACUUGUUCAUGCGGUUUUUUGUGUUUUUGGUUUAUUUUUUGAUCUUGUUGCUGACAUUUCCAUGGCAUUACACGCCCAUACACUGCUUUCAGAAAUCUGCAACUACGUUUGUUUUCAGUUUCAUCAACCAUGUUUGAUUUGGAUAUCAGUCAUUCUUAACUUACAUGUGAAAUGGCAAAUGUAACAUGUGUACUUUGUGUCGA